UCCCUGAGGAUCCUCCCUCCAGCAACCAGUAGCUGUGUCCAUCCCCACCACACUCAUGGCCUUCUCUCCCUCCUCCUGCAGACCAUGGAUCCCAUAGCAUUCCUUUUUGUGCUCUUGAAAAGCCUCAUCCAGUACCCACAGCCCGUGGCUGACGGUUUGGAUGAGGAAACACGUCUGCGCAUGGAAGCGCGUGCCAUGCAUCUGGAAUGGGAGAGGCUUCAGUUGGAGGAGGAGGUGGAACAGCUCACCCAGGAGCAGGUGAAGCAGGUGCAGCUCUUGCAGCUCUUAGCUGUUGCUGUGCUCCUGGUCCUUCUCUUGGUCCUAUGGUUUAUUGGGUGGAAAAGCAGCCAGAGAAGAGAGGAGGAUGAAGAAGAAAACCGUGGAGCAGAUGAAGAGGAAGUGGGCAAUGUUGAGGCAAACCAAGAAGACAACGUUGGAAAUGAGGGUGUCAAUGAGGCUGCAAUUGCAGAAAACGACAACGACGUUGCAGAUGAAGUCCAAGAGGAAGAGGAUGAUUUCGACGAUUACCUUGGAGAAGUUGUAAUGGAGCGCAUCCAGUGGCCUGAACAGGACCUGCAGGGAGGCUGUGAGUGGACAGCUGACCUCAUGGAUAAUUAUGCCAUUUACUUUGGCCAUGUCCUCUCAAACAGUUUCUACCCAGUCCUGCAACGAGCCAUCGGGGUGGGCAGUGCCUUUGAAGGCUGGAGUCCCCGUGAGCAGGAUGUUGUCUACAGCAUGCUCAUCCCCAUGACUCCUCCUCGAGGCCACAGCUUCCACCUGGAGCUGGAGAGUGAAGAGCAGAGGCACGUGAGGAACUUCCGUGUCCGCGUGCAGCUGGAGUGCACCUGCACCGGGGAGCAGCAGGCUGAGGACAUGCUGUGCUUCCUGCACCACCCCGAGGAGGAGCUGAGGAGCAGUCAGGAUCCCAGCCUCCUAGACACCCUGUGCACCGGCUCCUACCUCGACGUGCAGAAAACUGCCCGCUGGUUUUACCAGCUGGUGAGAGCAAUCUGGCCAGCUCUGCCUCAGUCGCACAACUGGCAUUUAUCGGUGAUGCCCUCCACACGCUCCUGCCAAUUCAAGGUGACCUACGGGCAGGAAAGCUUCAGGAUUGAGCUGUUCUUCGGCGUGCGGAGAGGUGACUCAGCCAUCUUUGUGUGCAGCCAGCCUAGAGAGGCCUACACAGCAAGCACAACCUGGCCCGAGUCGUAUGCUGUGGCAGAGGUUGAGUUCUUCAAGCACAUUGCCAGGCAGGCCCCCCCUGACAGCCUGCACCUCAAAUGUCUGCAGUUCUUCACCCGUCUUUCACUGGGCUUCAGCUUUUCCACCUACACCAUGAAGACCAUUGUCAUGCACCUGCUCAACAUCACACCCGUCUCAGAGUGGCGCAGGAGAGAUCUCGUGGUACGACUGCUGGAUAUCAUCAACAGCCUGCACUUAUGUCUGCGAGCAAAAUGCCUCCACCACUUCAUUGUGGGCAAUCAGAGGCUUCCUCAGGACAUCAGUCUACCCGCAGAUGUCCAAAGAGCUGAGCCAUACAAUCUCCUCCAGCACCUGGAGCAGCAGCCACGUGCCCACACCCAUGCACUGUAUGAGUACCGCAUUCUGUACAAGUGGUUCAGAAGAAUCCUUCUUGCUGAGGAUUUACCGGAUGAAGGAGAAGAGUUAUGGCUCUGAGCACAGAGCUGUGCUUGUGCUGCUCGCAGCUGGCAGCAGAGAACCACCUUGCAGUCCCCCUUUGGUGCUUUCAGGACAAGAGGAUGCCUGCAAAGCUUUGGCGAAGGCCCCACUGCCUCUCCUGCCGCCUCAGCAGGUGCAGGGCCACGGGCGGGUGUGUUCUACCUCCUGGCAUCAUUUCAUUUCCCAACAAAGCGCCUGGACCGCACUGAGCCCUGCUUGCCUAGGAACUCUCCCAUUGCUGAAAAAGCACAUGAAGAGAACAUGUGCCGUACAAGCAGGGCCAACAUCUCCAAAGCCCACCUGCAAUGUGCAGUUUUUCCCGGCCUUUGAAAAGGAGCAAAAUUUCAAGCACGACAGAAGCGGGAAUGUGAGACCGAGGAAAAGCAACAGGGCAAGAAGGACCAAGAGGAAAAAUCGGCACUGCUGGCCCAGGAUCAGUCAAUGGGAUGGAGCCUCUCCUUCUUCCUGGAAGGGACACCUUCACAUCAGCAUGGGACCACCAGUGUUGGAGAUGACCUGAACUUUUGUAUAUAGAGGAAUCUCGAUUGUUAUUUCAUAGAUAUAUAUAUUGUGUAUUCCUAGUAUAGACUAUAGUAUUUACAUAUUAUAUAUGCUAGUAAAUUACCAUAAAAAACCAAGAUACUAAAAGAAAUAAUAUAAAAUACACAAAAUAUGUAGUUAUGAUGUCAGGAGAAAAAGUAACUUUAAAGAGUUGGAUGUGUAAUUAUGUUUAAAUAGUAAGAGUAGAGCACGUGUUUAGUGUCACUAUCUGUUGUGACCCAUAUUGUUGCUCUUAGUACAUUUAUGUCUGGAAGGCUUUCCAAAAAAUAGAUAUAUUUAUAACAUAUAUAAUAUACAUAGGAUAUAUAUGUGCUGUAUAAAUUAUACUGGAAUAUAACUGUAUAAUAUAUAUUAUAUACCGCAUGCCUAUAAUAUAUUACAUAUAUUAUAUCAUUUUUAUAUACGUGUAAAGCCGUAUCUAGUGUCGUUAUGUGUUGGGACUCAUAUUAAUGCUCUAGUGUUCGGGUAUUUAUGAGUGGCAAGCUGGAAAACACUUUGCUCUUGUUUCAAUAAAAUGCAGUUUUGCAGAA